AUGCAUUUCUCCACCAUCAUUGGCGGGUUAUCCGCGGUUGGCGGGCUGACCCUGGCCCACGCCGCUGUAACCAACCCAGUUAUUGAAGCCGAGAAUUUCAACGUCACCGCCGCAUUGGAGAAUUUCGGCGUAGAUGUGUCGAAAAUCCCUGCAUUAGAGUCAUAUACCGACCUUCAGGCACGGUCAACCGAGAAGGCCUGUGCAGCUACUUGCGCAAGCUUGAGCCUCCUUUUUGGCUCCAAAGUGUCUGCCCAGAAGUCUGAAGGGUACAACAACUUCACUGGCUCUUUCUGGUCCGUGCAGCAAGAAGAGGUCCAGCCUCACUGCGUUUUCCGUCCUACCAAGAACACGGAGGUCAGCACUGCAGUUUUGAUUUCCCGUUUGACUGGUUGCGAGUUUGCUGCUCGUAGUGGUGGUCAUGCUGCCUUUACCGGCGCUUCCAGCGCCCCUGGUGGAGUCAGCAUUUGGUUCAAGGAUAUGGACACCAUUACCCUUAACGAGGACAAGACGGUCGCUUCUAUUGGUCCUGGAAAUAACUGGCUCUCUACCUACUCUUUCCUUGAGCCCUAUGGUUUGGCUGUUAUUGGAGGUCGUGCCUCUAGCAUUGGUGUUGGUGGUUUCGUUCUGGGUGGUGGAAUCUCCUACCACUCCAACCUGCACGGAUGGGCUUGUGACAAUGUCGAGAGCUUCGAGGUUGUCACCGCUAGUGGUUUGAUUGUGACUGCGAGUGCAACUUCCUACCCUGACCUCUACUGGGCUCUGCGCGGUGGCGGUAACAACUUCGGUCUUGUCACCAAGUACAAUCUGUACACGAUCCCCUCCCCAGUAUUGUACGGUGGUGCCAGAAUUUUCCUCGAGACUGAAUUCCCUGAUGUUAUCAACGCUUGGGUCAACGUGAUCAACAAUGCCACCGUUGACCCCAAGGCCCAGCAAUUCGUCGCCUUCCUCUCGAACCAAGGAAUGAACCUUGCCACUGCCGAGCUGACCUACGUAAAGAACGACUCCAACCCCGAGAUCUACAAGCAAUACAGAAGCAUUCCGGCCAUUUCAGAUACAUCCAGCGCCAAGACCCUGGUUGAGUACGUCAAGUACCUCGAGACCGAGAACCCCUUCCACUUGCGCGAGGUGUACUGGCCCAUUAGCGCAGCUCUCGACGAGAAAUUCGCCAACUGGGUGGUUGAGCUCUUUUUCUCAAUGCGCCCCCAGAUGGACAAUGUUGCUGGCGGCCAGCCCGUGCUGAUCUACCAGGCUGUCACCGAGCCCAUGUUGCAGAACAUGAAGAACUUCGGCGGCAACCCUCUCGGACUCGCCGGCUCCACUAGCCCUGUUCACAUUUUGCAUAUUUCCUUCUGGUGGACUGAGACAUCUGACGACCAGAUUGUCUACGCGUUUGUCAACAGCUUCAUUGAGCAGGUCAUUGCUGAGGCCAAGGUUCGUGGCCUCUUCAAUCAAUACGUCUAUAUGAACUAUGCUGGCAUGUUCCAGGAUCCCAUCAGUGGAUAUGGUACUGCCAACAAGAAUCGGCUGAAGGAGAUUGCCAAGAUUUACGACCCCAGGGGAGUUUACCAGACUCUCCAGCCUGGUUACUUCAAGCUUGAGGGUGCUCCCGUGACUGGUGCUUUCUAG